AGAUCAAGUACCCUCUAAGCAUCAAGUGCAAAACAAAGUUUGGCAUGUAAAUUUCUAAUUAUAAUGUUCACGAUUCCCAAGAAUCUUUGGAUACAAUGCAAGAAACGAGUGAAAUUCAAGAAGGAUUUCUCUGUCCGUUGUGUAAGAAAGAUUUUCAAAACCCACAAUUGCUACAAAAUCAUUUUAUCGAUGAGCAUAGCUCGGAGGAUUCAAGCAGCAAGGGGCAAAAUGCUCAAGGAAUUUUCGAUAGAGCCAAACGAAAACUACUGCGAAAAGAUAGCGAAUUUGAAAGGAAUGAAGAAUUUCAAGGAAGUUCUUUCACAAGCAACGUUAGCUUUUCUUACUGGGAACCACAAGAACUAGGUUUUACCCAAGAUCAUACCAAUAAGUUUCGGAAAGCACGAAAUUUGAAAGUGGAUGAUUGCAUGAUAUUUACAAACACAAUUCUUGUUCGAUUGGAAAAGAUUUUAAAUAUUUUGAAAGACAAUGAAGAUUUUCAAAUAAGUAGUUCAAAGAAGAAAGUUAAAGAGCAGAGUCUAGUUCCUUGGAUAGCAGAUGAAGAAGCAAAGUUCUGUUUCCUAUGCACAAAAUCAUUUACUGUGACAAGACGAAAACAUCACUGUCGACUUUGUGGUCAAAUCAUUUGUGGAAAAUGCUCAGAUUUUCUACCUCUCAAAACUGCAGCAAAAUAUUGUGAGAUUGGUGACACAGCAGAUUUUACACCCAAUGCAGAUGAUGAAGCGAUAAAUCAGAAGAAUGCACUUCGCGUUUGCAAUCAAUGCUUUGGUUUACUUUUAAAAAAUUAUGAAAUGAUAAAACAGAAAAAAAUGAAAGAACCUUUGGUUGAGUUAUAUGAUAGGAUAACAACAUUAAUGGCGGAUGCUGAUGAGCUUCUUCCCACUUUUAACAAGAUGGCCCAAUCAUUAAGCCAUGGUGAAUCAAAAUACUCAUAUAAAGAGGUUGUUGUCACACGUCAGAAAUUAUUGAAGAUUUAUGAAACAUUGGGAAUAUUGGGAAAGAAAGUCCUAGCUCUAAACCCACCUCCACCAAACAACGAAGACACUGUGGCCAUAACUAAUAUAGAGACGUCAUUACGAUCAUCACAAAAACUUCAUCGCAGUGUACAUGCAUAUGUGACUAAUUACCUCACACAAAAUAUGUUCACAUUGAAAGCCAUUCCAUCAGAGGAUGAGUAUUUAACACUACAAAAAGAACAAGCAAUGUUAAUAAAGAGACGAGCAGAGAGAGAAAAACUUCAACAGGAGAAAAUAAUGAAGGAACGUGCCAAGAUGCAUCAAGAAGUCUUACAAAGAGAAAAAAAACAGCAAAUGCCCGUGACUGACACACAACAAAGACCAAGAUCUUUUGAUCCUGAAACAGAGGCUAUUUUACAGCAAAUUGAAAAUGUAAAAGUCUUUAUCGAGCAAGCCAGACAGAGGAAACAAUACGAUGAAGUAUUAUCAUUAGAAAAGAAUUUGAAUGAAUUACAAUCUGAGUAUAAACGACGUACUUACAGGUGACAUUCAAAUGUCAAUCUGCAUGACGUAGUCUUUUGUACUUUCACUCUUUCGCUUCUGUACUUUAAAAACAAUACACUGAAUCAUAUUUAAUGAAUUGUACAUCCAAACUUAAAUAAGAUUAUAUCAUUUGGUUUUUUGGUUA